CAACAAAAUAUGUUAGCCUUAUAAUACUUUAUAUUCACUGCCCAAAUUUACUCAUCAUAUCCAAGAAUUUUCUGAACCUGCAUAUUUCAUUGCCCAGAAUUUGUAUUCUUACUCUAGACAAUACCAAAAUUUAAAUAAAAAGAAAAAAACCCAUUCUAAGGGGGAGAUGGAUGUUUCUGGAGGUCUUUCAUUGGUUCAAACUAUCUUAGACAAGCUGGGUUCACCAAUUUGGAGGGAAAUUGAGUCCAUAUUGGGUGUUGAAUCUCAGCUUGUAAAACUCAAGACAACCAUUUCCACUAUUCAGGCUGUGCUUCUUGAUGCUGAUCAAGAAGAGCUUCAUCAGCAACAGCGUCGCAGUCAUGUUGAACGUGACAGACUCCAGAGGCUUAACGAUGCUCUUUACAAAGCUGACGACUUAUUUGAUGAGAUUGCUACUCUUACAUGUCGUAAGAAUCUCAUGUCCUCCAACAAAGUCAGCAGAGAGCUAUGUCUUUUCUUUUCUAGCUCUAAUCAGCUCUAUUCUGCUUACAUUUGGUCUAAAGAGAUGAAAAACAUCAGGGAGAUCUUGGAUGAGAUCGUCAAAGAUCAUCAACAUGAGUUUGUUCAGAGAAAGUCGGUAACUCUUGAGCCGUGGCGGAUGGUGAGAUAUGACCCCAGGGAGACUCACUCUUUCUGUAGAGAAAGUGAUAUUAUAGGCAGAGAAGACGACAAGAAGAAAGUGAUUAACAUGCUACUCAGCAGCACUUCUGUUGAGAAAAAUGUAUCCGUUAUUAGCAUUGUUGGAAUUGGAGGGCUGGGUAAAACUAGUCUCGCCCAAUUAGUUUAUAAUGAUGCAAUGAUCCAGACUGAAUUCCCUUUGAGAAUGUGGGUUUGUGUUUCUGAUGAUUUCAAUGUUGGGACGCUUCUUCAAAAAAUUAUAGCAGCUGCACAAAAUCAACACCUGAGGAAUGACGGGCAAGAACUGAAUAUGACUAUGGACAAACUCCAGAGUAAGCUCAGGGAAGUACUUAAUGGGAAGAAAUAUCUUCUUGUUUUGGAUGAUAUUUGGAACGAAGACUACUGUAAAUGGGCUGAUUUGAGUGUUUUGUUGGAAAAAGAUGGGAGCGGUAGCAAAAUUCUAGUCACUACUCGCUCUAAUGGGGUGGCGAAUAUUGUAGGAAGCCGUAAGAUUCAUGAACUGGGAGACCUCUCUGAACAUGACUCUUGGAAGUUGUUUGAAAGAAUUGCAUUUGAAGGUGAGAACAAUCAAAAUGAAUACGAUUUAGUUAAAAUCGGGAGAGAGAUUAUUUGCAAGUGCAAAAAUGUCCCACUUGCCAUACGGGUUGUUGGAAGUCUUCUUCGAGGUCAAGAUACACGUACAUGGGAAUAUAUAAAGAACACUGAUUUGGUAAACAUAAAACAAGAUGAUAAUGGAAUACUACCUGUGUUGAAAAUCAGUUAUUAUCAUCUUCCGUUUCAUUUGAAGAGCUGCUUCAAGUAUUGUGCUGUUUUUCCCAAGGAUUACAAGAUUAUGAAGAAUGAUUUGAUUCAUAUCUGGAUGGCACUAGGUUUUGUUAUGCCUUUGGAUGGACAGAGUCUUGAGGAUGCUGGUGAUGAAUAUUUCAACCAUCUAUUGCAACGGUGCUUCUUCCAAGAUGUUGAAAAAGAUUCAUAUGGUGGAAUUAAAUCAUGCAAAAUGCAUGAUUUGAUCCACGAUGUUGCUAAAGAAAUUGCAGGCACUGAAAUCUUGUCAUCCAACUACAGCACAAGUCAUUUUAAUGAGAAAACUCAUCGCUUUUUUAUUGAUCUUAAUACAAUCCUGGAACUGGAAAGUGAUGAUAUUGUUAGUUCUUUCAACAAGAUGAAACGAAUGCGUUCGCUUUUAAGUAAUGAAGUCCCUUCCUACGCUGUUAGCAAUUUUCAAGUGAGAUAUUUAAGAGUCUUAGACUUGCAUAGUAGGCGUUUAGAGAAAGUCCCGAGUAUGAUUGGUCAAUUGAUGCAUCUAAGAUAUCUUAACCUCUCAGAUAAUGUAUUCCUCACCAUGUUGCCGGAAUCCAUUACUAAGCUUUACAACCUGCAAACAUUGAAUCUACGUCGUUGUCGGGAACUGAAAACAUUGCCACGAGACUUGAGCAAAUUAGUUAAUCUCAGGGACUUGGACAUAUUUGACUGCAAAAGUUUGAGAUAUAUGCCUCCAGGGAUGAAUAAAAUGACAUCCUUGCAUAAGUUAACAAGGUUUGUAAUCAGGGGAAAAAGAAAGACUUUUAUAUGGGGGUCAGGUUGUGUUGGAAAGCUUGAAGAUUUGGAAAAUUUUACGAAUCAUGCUGACAUUCUGCAAAUUUUGGUUAGGAAAUUUGUCUGGUAUGAUGCAUUUGAAGCUAAGAUAUGUGCAAAUCUGUUGAGCAAGCAUCUCAGGGAAAUCGAGAUUAUUUGGCAAGAUGACAACGAUGAUGACAAUGAUAGUGAGGAGAAUACUAAUGCAAAGGUAUCGUUACAAGGCCUGGAAUCCUGCCAUAAUCUCUCAAAGAUACACUUGGAGGGGAUUUUAAGGUUAGAGCAUCUUCCACCGUUGCAUCAUUUACGUCAUUUGAAAGUCCUUGAGUUGUUUGGAUUGAGGAACUUGAAAUAUGUAGACAAAUAUAACAUUAGUGAAGAUGGGGCUCCUACGACAUUGGGAAAUACAGAGGAGUUGGUAUACUUUCCAUCCCUUGAAGAGCUUCGGCUGAAAGAUCUAGAAAAUAUGAGUUUGUGGGAUUUUUAUAAAGGAGGGAAAUCUGAGAUUAAAUGGAGUAGUGAUGCAAAUCUUUUCUCAUCAUAUAAUGAUUCAGUUAAUGGAAGAUUGAGGGAAGUAGAGAUAGAUGACGUUGGAUAUCUUAAAUUUGUGCCUUUGGUAUCUUUUCAUCGCCUUUCUCAUCUUAGGAUAUCCUUUAACGAGAAUACAGAGAGUUUGCCAAGAGGGAAGGUGUUCCAAAGUCACCGCCUAUGCUUUGUUCGUUCUCUUGAUAUUAUUUCUUGCACGAAAUUAAAAAUGUUGUCAUGGGAAGGAUUUUGGGAGCAUUGCACUGCCUUGGAGACCCUUUCUUUGACGAAUAUCUGUGAGUUGGAGUUGGAGGAAGAAGAAGAAGAAGAGAACAAUAAUAGCAACAAGCAUGGAGAUGAAGGAGAGAUUAGAAAGGAGGUGACACCUAGGAGAUUCCUUUCUCAUUCUCUUCGUAUUUUGACAUUAUAUUAUCUCCCAAACCUAAAGAAGCUGCCAAAUGGGAUGCGCCACUUAACUUCACUCCAAUCCCUUGAAAUUAGAGUUUGUGGGAAUUUGAAAUCAAUGUCAGAAGUGAUGCGCCAUCUCACCUCUUUGCAACAACUUAGUUUGAUAAGCAACUCAGAGGAACUUAAUGCAAGAUGCAAGGAGCCAAGUGGUGUAGACUGGCCCAAUAUCCAACACAUUCCCAAUAUUAAAAUUCAGACGUGUUCAUUCGGGUGUUCAUUCAUGUGAUCGAGUCGGUUUCGGAUGGGUGUCAUUCGGUUCAGUUGUAUUUCGGAUCGAUUUUUUUCAUGUGCGUGUUAUGGCGAGUCACACACGGGUCAAGUCGGUUAGUCACGGUUCGGUUGAAGAUCAGUUAUUUGAGCUGUCGGGUUAGCAUCGGUUCGGUGUCGGUUUAAGUUUGUGUCGAGUAGUGAAUCGAUCUCGGACUGUCAUCGAUUAAUAAUUGGUUUGGUUUUACCGGGUACAGAUCGAGUUCAGGUAUUAUUUUCCAGUAGAAUUCGGCUACGAAUUAAUAAUUACUACAGAUCGAGUCAAUAUCCGAUUAAGUUGUUAGACAUUUUUUAAUUGAUGAUAAGAUUCCCCUUAGUUAAGGCAAAAUAGUUAAAAUGCAAAUCAUUUAGUGAUUAUUACUUUGUUACUUUUACUUGUUUGACUGUAAGUUAAAAUUAAAAUUUUAUCAUUUUUCAUCUAAAUUGAUUAAAAAUAGUUAAAUAAACAUUGACCAUUGAUUAUUAACUUUAAAUAUAUGAAACCAAGUAUGUAUAAAAUUUAAUUUAUUAAAA